UGCAAUAAUUUCAUUAAUCUACAAGACAGGGUGUAAAAAUAGUCAUACCAUGCUAAUUGUUGGGUUUGUAUUGCUCUGGUGCCCAAUAAUAUUUGUCUUUCUUUAUCUCAUCUUUAAUUAUAUGAUACGGGGUAAGAACUCCGUAUGUAUUGUUGUUCUUGGAGACAUUGGAAGAAGUCCACGUAUGCAGUAUCAUGCAUCGUCCUUUGCGGCUGAGGGGUUCUCCGUGGAUAUUGUUGGCUAUGGAGGAUCAACACCACAUUCUAUCAUAAAGAAUUCAAAGAGAAUUACACUUUAUGAACUUGUGGAAGUGCCAGGAUUUUUAAAGACUCUACCCUGUUUGUUUGGUUAUGUUAUUAAAGUUUUGUUCCAAAGCUGUACGCUUGGCAUAAAGCUGUUACUCUUGCCAAAGUCUGGAUUUAUCUUUUUACAGAAUCCCCCUUCCAUUCCUACAAUAGCAGUGUGCUGGGUAGUUUGUUUAUUGAGAGGGAGUAAACUGCUUGUUGAUUGGCAUAACUAUGGUUAUACCAUCCUUGGCCUUUCUUUGGGAAAUGACCAUUCAUUGGUCAGAUUCUCCAAAUGGUAUGAACAUGCAUUUGGGAGGAUGUCAGAUGUAAAUAUUUGUGUAACAAAAGCAAUGAAGAAGGAUUUAAAAGAAAAUUGGAAUAUCAGAGCUGAAACCUUGUAUGACAGACCAGCAGACAUGUUUCAACAAACUUCACUACCAGAAGCUCACAAGCUGUUUACAAAACUUGCACAGCAGUAUGAAGUUUUUACCAACAAUGAUCUACCAAACAGCACAGCAUUUACAACACAAUCAAAGGGUGGGAGAACUGAAUGGUUGACUGACAGACCAGCUCUGAUAAUGAGCAGCACAAGCUGGACAGCGGAUGAAGAUUUUGGAAUCCUUUUAUCAGCUUUGUCAGAGUAUGAUGAAGCCUCGAAAAAAGAAAAUUCCCUUCCACAGUUAAUAUGUGUGAUAACAGGAAAAGGACCACAGAAAGAAUUUUACAGAAACAAAAUAGCAAAACACAAAUGGAGUAGAGUUAAGUUUUGUUUACCUUGGUUAGAGGCAGAAGACUAUCCUAAACUUUUAGGGGCUGCAGACCUAGGAAUAUGUCUUCAUGCCUCUUCCAGUGGCCUUGACCUUCCUAUGAAAGUUGUGGAUAUGUUCGGAUGUGGUCUUCCAGUCUGUGCUCUCAAGUUCAAUUGCAUAUCAGAACUGGUAGAACAUGGACAGAAUGGCUUGAUUUUUGAAGACUCUCAAGAACUUUGUCAGCAGCUAAAGACUUUAAUGGUUGAUUAUAAAGGAAGAAAAAAACAGUUAUCACAGAUGAGAAAUAAUUUACAAAGCUUUCAGAAGAUAAGAUGGCAUGAAUCAUGGAAAAGCAUUGUAUUACCAUUACUGGAAGAUAAAAUAAAAUCUCAUUGACUGUC